AUGCCCUCCCUCAAAUCCCUCCUCCUCCUCGGCGCAAGCCUGGCCGCGACCUCGGUCCAGGCUUCGCCCAUCCAGUCACUCGACUUCAGCGGCACCUCCCUCGCGCCCCGCGCUGACCCGAGUCUGACGGGCUAUCUCGGUGCCUUCUUCCUCGGCGCGGACCCUUACGUGUACUUGUACCUCUCCAACGGCAACAACCCGACCUCGUUCCGCGCGCUCAACUCUGGCUCGCCCGUGAUUCGGCCGACCAAGGGAACGGGCGGUGUGCGUGACCCUGCUAUCGUUGUCGGUGGUGGCGCGGAGAAGGGGAAGAAGUGGUAUAUCGUCGGUACGGACUUGGAUAUCGCAAAGAGACAGGGGUCCAAGGGCAUCUUCGUCUGGGAGAGCACGGAUCUCGUCAACUGGAGCAACGAGAGACUCGUUGUUGUCGAGAACUCUAGCGCCGGCAUGGUGUGGGCUCCCGAAGCCAUAUGGGAUGCUGCCAAGGGCCAGUACCUCGUCCACUGGGCCUCCAAGUUUUACCCCGCCUCGGACCCGAACCACACCGGCAGUCCCGGCGCCAUCGUGAUCCGCUACGCCUACACCUCGGACUUCAAGACCUUCUCCACCCCGCAGACCUACAUCGACAAGUCCCCCACCAACAUCAUCGACCUCAACAUCCUCCCCACCGGCACGGACGGCAAGUCCUUUGUGCGCUUCCUCAAGGACGAGUCCCUCAAGACCGUCUUCGUCGAGGUCUCCACCACGGGUCUGUUCGGUACCUGGACCCGUCCCGGCGGCAGCUCCGCUGUUAUUGCGAGCGGCGUCGAGGGUCCCGCGUCGUACUGGGAUAACCAGGUUGCGGGCAAGGCGCAUGUUUUGCUUGAUUUCUAUGGUGACGAUGGGUACAGACCCUAUGAGACGACGAAUGUGGCGAGUAACUCGGGAUGGACUGCUAGUUCGAGGACUGGAUUCCCUAGUGGGUUGAGACAUGGUGGUGUUUUGCCUGUGAACCAGACUGUUUACGAUGCUUUGGGAAAGCGCUGGGGUUGA